CUCUUGAGGCGGAAAAUCGACCAAUCGGAAUGUUACAGAGAAUCCUUCAAUCCGUGGUCAGUCGAUUGACGGAAGCGCCUCUGUGAAAGAUGAUUAAAAUGUAUCUAAAAGUUUUGUAUUCGUUGUUGUUGAUGUUGAGUUUCUAUGGAAUCCCUUCAACCGGACAGAAGAAAAAGGAGACCCUGCUCUCUGAGAAGGUGGGUCAGCUUAUGGACUGGACAGGGAAGAGAGCUGUGAUCCGUAUGAACGGGGAGAAGUUUCGUCGCUUUGUGAAGGCUCCUCCCAGGAACUACUCUGUGGUCAUCAUGUUCACCGCCCUGCAGCCACAGAGACAGUGUGGCGUCUGCAAACAGGCUGACGAGGAGUACCAGAUCCUAGCUAAUUCCUGGCGUUACUCCAGUGCCUUCACCAACAAGGUCUUCUUCGCUACCGUCGACUUUGAUGAAGGAUCUGACGUCUUUCAGAUGUUGAAUAUGAACUCGGCUCCCUCCUUCAUCCAUUUUCCUGCUAAAGGGAAGCCUAAGAAGUCUGACUCCUAUGAGCUGCAGGUCAGAGGCUUCGCUGCAGAACAACUGGCCCGCUGGGUCGGGGACCGCACUGACGUACAGAUCCGUGUGAUCCGUCCUCCUAACUAUGCGGGGCCGUUGAUGCUGGGAUUCCUGCUGGCAGUCAUAGGAGGACUGGCUUACCUCCGCAGAAACAACCUGGAAUUCCUCUACAACAAGAACGUCUGGGCCUUCUCUGCUCUGUGUUUCUGCCUGAUCAUGACUUCAGGUCAGAUGUGGAACCACAUUAGAGGACCUCCCUACGCCCACAAGAACCCCACCACUGGACAAGUGAGUUACAUCCACGGCAGCAGUCAGGCCCAGUUUGUAGCAGAAACUCACAUCGUGCUGCUCUUCAACUCUGCUGUUACCAUGGGGAUGGUGCUGUUGCACGAGGCUGCCACGUCAGAUAUGGACAUUGGCAAGAGGAAAAUCAUGUGUGUAGCAGGGAUCGGUCUGGUGAUGCUCUUCUUCAGUUGGCUGCUGUCCAUCUUUAGAGCUAAAUACCAUGGAUACCCUUACAGUUUCCUGUUGAGUUAGAGAGCUGGGAGGAAGAAGCCUGGAAGCUCCAUAGUGCCUCGGACGCCUCACACACCAGAACACUGUUCAUCUGGGGUUAUCUCCUCUUCUGUUGCUGGAAACUACCAGGAAGACAUUGUUUACAUUGACAUUCACAAAGUUCACAAUGUCUUUUUAUUAAUAAAUACUGUACAUGAAUAUGAA